UUAUGCCCGAAGAACAUGAAGGUCAACUAGGAUUCAAUUAUGCAUGGAAGGAACUAUUGCGAAGAGCGGAUUAUGCUGGGCCGUCUAUAAUAUGUGAUGUGUCACAAUAUGACAAAGACAUGUUCGCUACUGCUUGGAAGCCUACGGUUGCGGCAAUUUCAUAUGCGUUUAGCACUGCACAAGACGACACAACUCUGCAGAAGGCUAUUACGGGAUUUCGGCAUUGUGCAUUAUUAUCUGCGGAGUAUAAAUUAUACGACGUAUUCGAUUAUAUCAUUAUGUCAUUGUCUAAGAUGACAGGAUUGCUUGGCACGAGGUAUUCCAACGAAACUGCAAAUAAUCCA